AUGGUAGUGAACCGCAGCAUGCUGCUCACGGUCAAGAAGACAAGUCGAACUGUGAAGACGCUGGAAGGCUCUUUGUUAAUGAACAAAGAUGGAGAACGGACAUCAAUGUCCUCACGAGUCGCUGAACUAGACUUGCUCAUGCCAGAAAACCUCGGGGUCUCAAAGGCUAUACUUGAAUCUGUCAUCUUUUGCCAUCAAGACGAGAGCCUCUGGCCAAUGAGCGAACCUUCACACCUCAAAAAGAGAUUCGAUGAGAUCUUCGAAGCUUUGAAGUAUACCAAAGCAAUAGACAACAUCAAAGCGCUCCGCAAAACCCAAGGAGACAAACUUCGUUUGCUUGUGAAGGACGAACAGACUGCUAAAGAAGUCAAGAUGCAAGGUGACAAGGCAGAGAAAAAUUCCAGAGAUCUAGAUGACCAGCUCAAGAUACUCCGUAAAGAGAUCGGGGAGUUGAAUGAGAAGGCGCAGGACGCCCGAGAGAAGACUAAGGAAGCAACGGACGAAUUUUACAAUUUUAAAAAUGUUGUUGACUCUUUGGAUCUAGGCAAACAAAAGCAUUCUUUUCAUCAAUCUAACGUCAACAAGUUGAAAAAGAAUCUUAAGGAGCGAAAUGAGUCGGAUGAAUGGCUUCGGUCAGAGAUUGCGGAUUUUGAGCAACGAGCCAAAACUAGGCAGGAACACCAGAGACAACAGAAGGAACAAUAUGGAGACCUUGAGAAGGCAAUUGACGAUUACCGCAAUAAGCUCGGUCGUAAACAGAGUGAACUCGGCCGUUACGAGCAGCAGAAGUCAACGCAUGAAGAGCAGCUCGAAUUGCGAAAAACCCGCGUACAGCAUUUGUCACGGCAGUAUAACGUGCGGGGCUACGAGACCAACCUAAAUGACACCAAGAUCGCAGAAUUCUUGGCGAAGAUGCGUAAGCUAUGCAAAGAACGACAGGUAGCCGUAGAGAAAGCUCGGAAUGAAACAGAAUCAGACGUGAGAGAAGCGCAAGAGUCUCUGAACAAGCUCAAUGAUCAGAAGUCAACUUUAAACGCAGACCACAGGGCAUCAAAGCAGCAAAUCUCGCAGAACGACCAAAAGCUCAAAGCCUACCGGUCCGAACUCUCUAACAUGGCUGUUGACGAAGGCGAGAUUGCCAUCCUUGACUCGAAGAUGGAGGAACUUGAAGCUAGCCUUGAAGGCGUACGCAAUGAGUCUCGGACAGCGUCAAGAGACCUAGCAUUCCAGAAGCAUGACAAGGAUAUAAGAGAUCUGAUGGACAAAGCUAAGCAGCUCAAUGACGAGCUGAUUGAAAGCACUAAACAAGCUGGUAAUUUGGCUGAACUCGAGCACGUCAAAAAAGAACAAGCUGACCGCCAGCGUAAUCUCGAUCGGCUCACAAACGUCCACAAGGGGAAAUUGAACAUACUGCUGCACGACGGGUGGCACCACUCGACAUUAGAAUCGAAAUUCGACAAGGUUUUGAACGAUAGGACCCAGUCAUUAAUAAAUGCUGAACGCCAACGCGCCCUGGCCUCAAAAGAACUGGAGCAGAUUGACCUUGAGCUCAGCAUUCUGCAGAAGACCUUUGAGAAAGGGAAACAGGAGAGCGCUGCUUGUGAGAAACGAAUCCGCCUCGACGUAGAAGUUGAGCCUGAACAAUAUCACGCUGAGCUCGCAGACAUCGAAUCGGGCCGUGACAUCAUCAAGUCUGAUUUAGAAGGCUUUGGCCACGAGAGAGAAUAUUGGAAGAAAGCGAUUGAACGGGCCGAGACUAGACACAAGUGCAAGCUUUGCACUAGGCCGUUCCAACGGAAAGAAGAAGCCGAAUUUGUAGACUUUCUGAAGGAGAAAGUUGGGAAAGAGAAUGAAGACUUGACUGAGGCCAAAAAGGACCUAGAAAGGGUGGAAAAGAAGCUUCUCCAGGCCAAGAAUGCUGGUAUCAGCUAUGAGACAUGGAAUAGACUGGCCAAAGGUGAGAUACCGAAGCUGGAGGACAACAUGAAGGAGCUCUCUUCGAGGAGAAAUGCUGUGAUCCGCAAGCUCGAAGACCAUGACGCUACUGUUAAUGAGCACGAGCAGGCAAGUGCCGAUGUUGACACACUCGCGAAGCCUGUAGCAAACAUCGCAAGAUAUUACGAAGAGGCUACGAAUCUAUCGAGUCAGGUUCAGUGUCUGGAGAGAAAGCAACGUGAGACGAGACUUCCCAGGACCCCUGAUGAGAUUCGGGAUCAGCUUGAUAGCACAAAUGACGGGUUAAGGCACCUGGCGAAAGCAAAGGACAAGCUUGCUCUUGAGAAGGAGAACGCGCGCUCAAACAUCAGCUCUCUCGAGCUUCAACUAAGGGACGCGAAGAGUGAUAUCGCGGAAUCUAAUCAUGAUCUCAAGGAAAAGGAUCAUAAACAAAAACAAAUCGAGGAAUUGAGCGUCUUGAAUCAGACGCAACGAGACAGGAUACGGCAGGUUGAUGCAAACAUGCAAGAAAUCUUGCCCCAGGUGGAAGCUGCCCAAGAUCAACUUGACGAUAAGAAAUCCAGAGGUUAUCAAAAGGAGAACAAUCUUCGAACAGAGUCAUCUGAGCUGACCGGCAGUCUUCACACACUUGAAAAGGCCGAGGACAUCAUUCGCAAAUUCGCAGAGGAGGGAGGCUCAGGCAAUCUUGCGAGGUGUGCGAGAGAGAUGGACUCGCUUCGACAAGAGAUACGUCAGACCGAGGACGAUCAGAAGGACGUGAUAAAGUCUAUCAAUAAGAUCACGGAAGAGAUGAGAGGGCAUGAAGAAGUUAAACGAAUCAUCCAAGACAACCUCGAGUACCGUGAUAGUCUCCGAGAACUGGAAACUCUUCAGAAAGAAAUCUCAGAUCUAGAAGCUCAGAACGCAGAGGCUGAUCGGGAUCAUUGGCAGAAUGAAGCUAACAAAUGGCAAAAUCUCUUCAACAAGUACAGUACCGAAAAGACCGGCAAACUAGGUCAAGCAAAGGAGAAGGACAAUCAACUGGCAAAGCUGAUUGCAGAUUGGCAGACCGAUUUUAGAGAUGCGGCUUUCAAGUACAAGAAGGCACAUAUCGAAGUAGAGACUACAAAAGCAGCAAUCGAAGAUCUCGGACGAUAUGGAGGGGCUUUGGAUAAAGCCAUCAUGAAGUAUCACAGCAUCAAAAUGGAGGAAAUUAAUCGUAUCAUUGAAGAGCUUUGGAAGAAGACAUAUCAAGGCACUGAUGUCGACACUAUCUUGAUCCGUUCUGACAACGAAUCCGCCAAGGGCAAUCGAUCGUACAACUACCGAGUGUGUAUGGUAAAGCAAGACGCGGAGAUGGAUAUGCGAGGUCGUUGCAGCGCAGGGCAGAAGGUGUUGGCUAGCAUCAUCAUCCGAUUGGCCUUGGCCGAAUGCUUUGGAGUCAAUUGUGGGCUCAUCACACUGGACGAGCCGACGACGAAUCUGGACCGCGACAAUAUUCACGCGCUGGCACGAUCUCUACAUGAUCUUAUUCAGACACGCCGGCAUCAAGCCAAUUUCCAGUUGAUCAUCAUCACGCACGAUGAGGAGUUCUUGGCAUCAAUGGGAUGCUCCGAUUUCUGUGAUCACUACUAUCGAGUGUUGAGGAAUGAACGACAAAAGUCGAUCAUUAAGCUACAGGAUAUCCAUGAGGUAAUGUAG